AAAACUAAAGAAGAAGAGGAAGCGGAAAAAACAAAUAUGGAUGCCACUGCAGUAUCAACGCUAAAUCACACAUCGACGCUUUUUGUGUGUUUUUCUCCGGCUCUCUUGAUUUCGCCUGACGGUUUUUUCAGAUUACAUAUUUUGUAAACUCAUUGUUUAACUAGUCAAAUGUUUCUGAACGGAGAGACAAAACGAAACCCGGAAAAUAACCGGAAGUAUCCGUCUCGGGUUUGAAACUAAACAUCCGCCACUGGAACGCGUGUGUUUACUAUGUUAGCUCGUCGUUUCAGCCGAACAAAUACGUGGACAAUAUGGAAAGUAAUUCCAUCGUCCUUUUAACGGAACGAGGAAGGGUGUACUUUUCGCUUGAUACAAAGGACAAGCACACAGUCUGAACAAGAUGUAGCUAGCUAACGUCUGAGUAUGUCGCCCUGAACAAACAAACAAGACAUGGACUUUGUCGCGGAGGCAACCUGAGAGCACCGAGAGGUAAAUCACCGAGUUGAAGCUACAUUACCAUGGGUCUGGUGAACUUUGUUAUCUCCACUGUAGCGAAAUGCCUGGACGCCGUCUGCUUACUGCUGGACCUGAAUUUUGUCAUCGUCCACAGCGUGGUGCGGACUACCCUGGCGGUUAUCGCCUUUGUAACCAGCCUGCCCACCCUCCUCCUCAACUCAGUGGCAGAGUUGGGAAACUUAACCGUGUUUAGCUUGAUGUCCCUGGCAGAGGCAACGUCAAACGUAGCCCACGGUACUGUCACCAUGCUGGGGAGCUUGGUGCUGGCUCUGGAGGGGCUGGUGGAGAGCCUGAAGAUGGUGGGUUACCUGUCCAUGCACGUCCUGCUUCGUGGGAAGGAGCACCUGUGUCGAGGUCUUCUAUCGGUGCUCGAGGGCUGUGGCAUCGCUGUCAGCCUGGUGGUCUAUUUCACCAACACCGUGGUCAACUUUGCACUCAUUGCAACGCAGAACAUUUACUCCGUGGUGGUCAGUGUGUGGCAGACGGUCUCCAGCCCGCUGCAGAAGGUGCUGGAGUUCAUGCUGACAUCCUUCACCUUUCUGUACAGCAGCCUGGCUGGGACUUCGGCUUUCCUGUGGUCACCCUGUAAACUGAUGUUGGACUUUCUGGUCUCGCUGGUUCAUAUGUUUGUUAGCAUCUUCAUAUUGAACGUCUAUGGUCUUCUGCUCACUGUAACUAUUGCUCUAACUACCACCGCCUACCUGAAUCCAGAGCUGGCCCGACAGGCUACUGUGCGAAUUGUGGAUUACGUUAACUCUUUUCCUGCCUUGCACAGACUUUAUCUGGCUCUGCACCGCCUCGCUUCAGCCUUGCGGGGCGCACCAUAUUUUGUACGUGGUGCCAUGCGCCACCUGCAAAGAAUACUCCAUCACCUCUACCUGCUAGAGAGAAGACUUUGGCAGCAGCUGCCUCGACUCAGCAGCCAGCUAGGUCUGGCUGUGAGGACACAGCUCAACAGGGACAACGACAACAGAGUACGCGGCGAUGGCGACCCUGGAGAGGAGAGGCGGGACCCACCAGAUGGAAGAGCAGGAGAUGGAGCCCACCAGGAGCUGCUGGAUUUAGUUUUCCCCUCAUCAAGCACAGACAGACCACUUAAGAAGCAGUCAUCUUCAGGCAAAGACAGUAAACCUCUGCCUGCCGAGAAUCUGCUGACUCUACUGAAGGAGCAGGAGGACAGAAAGAAGUGUGUGAUCUGUCAGGACUGUACCAAGACGGUGGUGCUGCUGCCAUGCAGGCACCUCUGCUUGUGUAGAGACUGUACGAACAUCCUGUUGAGGCAGCCCGUUUACCAACAGAACUGCCCGCUCUGUCGGCACAUGAUCCUCAACACUAUGGAUGUGUAUCUAUGAGAGAAGUGGAUCUGUGGGUAUCGGACCACAUAGAACAGCCUAUCAGUGGCUAUACUUAAAGUUUUACCACAACUAAAAUGAUGUUGUGGGACUUGUGUUGUUUUUUUAAGUCUCGUAAUAUUUUACAUUUUUCUUGCUGUCAACAAAUCCCAUGAUAAGACCAAAAUUACAUUUUAGUCUGUCUCUUAAUACUUUCCAGCCCCAAGCCUAUUCAGUUACACUGAAGAUGUAAAUUUUUAAAAAACGGCUUACAAAUGUUAUUUUAAAAUUUGCUUUACUCAGACAGUGCAAAACGGUGUAAAUGGGUAGGUUUUGACUACACAGACAGUACUUGUUAGUAAGUUCAAUUCGUUGUUGGUUCUGGAUUUACUGGAAUUCAUGGGAUAUAUUGUUAAUCAAAAAUACAGAAUCACAAAUGCAGAAUACCAUACAACUUAUCUUAUAAAAUUUGGUUUCAGAUCUGUGUACUUUUUGAGAACAGUUUAGAAAAGAAAUGCUAAGGAAAGCACAUAUUGUGUCCCAGUUCCAUAUGACAUACUAACUGUAUACAGUAUGUACUAUAUACUAAUAUUUAUAGUGUGCUGUUUUGCAGUUAGUAUACAAGAAAUUAACAACAUUAACAGUUUCAACUAAAGGAAUAAGAGAUUUUAUAAUACUUGUGGUAUUGGAUGUUAAUCAAACUACAACAUUAAAAUGCCCCUACCCAAUAACGGUUUCCCAACCAUCCACAAUUUAAAGUUGGGUUUUUUUUUCAGCUGUGAGCAACUCUUGCAUGUUUUUUGUGUAUUGCGAAAGAAAAGUGUCCUUUAACAGUACAGUACACUCAAAAAGCAGGUGUUUUUUUGUAUGUAUACUGACGCCUGUGAACACACAACACACUUAAAUCCCGCUUAGAAUGACUUUGUAGUAUGGAUUUGGGACACAGCUACAGUCUCUGUUUUGCGUCUUAAGAUGCACCUGUUUAUAUAUAUAUAUAUAUAUAUAGAUAUUCCAGUAUUGCCACGUUGAGUCUCAGGUCUCGUAGCCAUUGAAAUCCACCAGUGCCCUGCCUGAUGCUGAAAUGUUUACCACUGCUCAUGUCUUAUAAUGUUGUGCUUUCAGUGGGUCAAGCUGUGAAGAAGACAAAACAAACACUGUGCUUUAUUGCAUGAGCAUACACAUGAUUCCACACAUGCUGUAUGUAUGAACGCUGUAUGUGUAACAGUGCAUUCAAAGCAACACCAUGACCCUUUUGUUCUGUUGUAAAAAAAAAAAAAAAAGCUUUUACCAUUUAAAUAUACUUCUGUAAAUGAUGACCACUUCUCAUAGAGCCAUGUAAAGAAGUUAUCUGUAUUUAAGGAAACUGAUUUGUAAUUUUCCAGUCAGGUCUGAUGAAAUACAGCUUUAUUCCAUUUAUUUAUUCUAUUGCUAGGGCUUAUUCCAGUCUUCCAUCAGAGGCACAUUACAGUCACCACCAUCACAAAAUCGAUAAAAGGUUUUCCCUUUCCUUUGUCAUUGUAAUAAAACAUAAUUUCUGUUGUGUAAAAGGACCAUAAACUAAUAAGGCUUUACAAUUGAAUUUGCUAUUGUUCCUCUUUUGUUUCGAAGCUGAAGUGCUGAUAUUGAUCAGUGUUUAAAGUUUACAGGGCAUAGUUGUUAGUUACCCUUACUUAAUGCUUUACGGUUGGUGGGUGGUGUGUCCUUUUUUUAUUCCUAAAUUUGUAUGAUUUGAAGAAAUUGGAUUUCUGCAUUGUUUUUGUUUUGCUAUGUUAUACCAAUUACUGACAUUAUUUUCCCUACUACAUUAAUAGAUAUCAUUAAUGAAAGUGGUCUAAAUCUCAGUUUUUGAUAUGGUUGUAAAUGAUUUCUAGAGACCAGACUGUACUCAUUAAAGACUAGACUAUUCCUAAAACGCUAAUGGAAUUCCUAAUUUAAGAUUGCAGAUUGCAGUGGACCAUCAUCUGUUGUUACCUGCAGUUUGUAUGACACAAUGUGGGACAAUGGGAUUUGAAGACAUGAAUGUAACUUUUUUUUUUUUUUAAAUAAAUACUAUGGCUGCCA